AUGAGUACUCCAGUUACAGCUCCAUUCGGCCAAUGGAAGAGUCCGAUCAGCUCUACCUUGCUUGGCGCUGACGGUGUUCAAUUUGAAUCCAUCGCGACAUCCAAGGGAAAGGUUUAUGUAAUUGAGGAUCGACCCAAAGAGCAGGGACGUGGCUGCAUUGUCGAAUACGCUGGCCAUGAAGGACGAGAUAUCUUACCAGCCAAAUAUGACGCUCGCACCAAAGUUCAUGAAUAUGGCGGCGCAUCGAUGAUCGCUUUCGAUGGACAUGUCGUCUUUUCUGAUCGGGAGACACAGGAUCUGCAUAAACUCGAUCCCUCCACAGGUCAAGUUGAGCAGAUCACAAAGACAAGCAAUGCUCUCCGCUAUGCGUCCACCUCUGCUACGGGAUCUCUGUCAGAUGGCCAGGCGGAGUCAGGCUGGAUCUUAGCGAUCGAAGAAGAUCACUCCAAACCCUUACCGUCGGAAGUUCGGAACCGACUCGUCGCGGUAAACGUACAGUCCAAAGAGAUUGUCAACGUCGCCUCUGGGGAUGAUUUCUACAACGCUGCUCAGUUUUCCCCUGAUGGCAGCAGGAUAUGCUGGACCCAGUGGUCUCAUCCAGAUAUGCCAUGGACAGGAGCCCGCCUGUAUGUGGCCAAGUGGAAUAAUGGUCAGGUUACAGACAUUUGCCAUGUGUCGGGUGUGCCGGAGAAAGAAAGCGUUAGCCAGCCACGAUGGGGCCUUGAUAACAAGUUGUACUUCACGAGUGAUUGUUCGGGGUAUUGGCAGCUCUAUCGGUCUCAUGCUGACACUUUGGAGUGUCAACGGGUGCCCCUACAUGGUCUGGAAGAAGUGGAGUUUUCGCAGCCAGACUGGCAUCUAGGAAACGAGACGAGCUUCAACACUGUUUUUACAUUGGAAAUGGCCGACACCGUCGAGCUCGAUGCACUCAAGGUAGCUUCUGAGCUCCCCAUGCCAAGUUCUCUUGUUUCCAAGCCAGAGCAUCUAUCUUUUCCAAGAGUGCACGGUGAGAACUUGGAAGGAGUGGCACAUGCUAUCUUCUACGCACCUCAGAACCCAGAUUAUCAGCCACCUUCUGGAGCGCUGCCGCCUCUGAUCGUCUGUGUCCAUGGUGGACCAACGUCCCAAACCGGAACUGGCCUGAAUAUUACGAACCAAUACUGGACUUCUCGAGGGUAUGCCGUUGUUUGGGUAAAUUAUGGAGGUAGCUCCGGAUAUGGCAGAGCGUACCGGGAUGAUUUGAACGGACAAUGGGCGUCCACUGGCCGAAUCGACCAAAAUGGAGUCGGCAUUCGCGGCCAAAGUGCGGGCGGAUACAUCGUACUCCAAGCUCUUUGUGACUACCCCAAUCUCUUCGCCGGUGGCAAUUCUCUUUACGGAAUCGGCAAUGUCAAGGCUCUCUGUGAGGAUACCCAUAAGUUUGAGAGCCAUUACGCAUUCGCCUUGCUGUUUGAUCCAGGAGUGGAUGAAGACGAGAAAACCCGCAUUUUCAACGAACGCAGCCCCUGUCUCAAGGUAGACAAGAUCACUGCGCCAUUGUUGUUGCUGCAAGGAGACGAGGAUUUGGUCGUUCCUAUGAACCAGGCAGAGGAAAUGGUCGAAAUGAUGACAAAGGUUGGUCGUGAAUCUAAGUUGGUGGUUUUCCAUGGAGAAGGGCAUGGAUUCCGGCAGGCGAAGAGUCGGAUAGCGGCCGUGGAAGAGGAGGAGAAGUGGUGGAAGAAAGAGUUGUUGAAGAUGGAUUCGGUGGAUCUUUGA